AUUAAAACCCUGUCUUGCCCCUCCUCCGUCCUCCCCAAGACCAAAAACCCAACGAAAGCAAAUCAGGCAAAAACAAAGUUUCCGAAAAUGGGAAGCAGCCAAGCAGCAGUCUCUUUCUUAACGAACCUGGCACGCGCAGCCUUCGGUCUCGGCGCCGCUGCAACUGUCCUCAACGCCUCAAUGUACACUGUGGACGGCGGCCAAAGAGCGGUGCUCUUCGAUCGUGUAAGGGGAGUGAUGGAGAAAACGGUCGGAGAAGGGACCCAUUUUUUGAUCCCAUGGCUCCAGAAGCCUUUCAUCUUUGAUAUCCGUACAAAGCCGCACACCUUCUCGUCUGUUUCUGGAACUAAGGAUCUCCAGAUGGUUAAUCUUACGCUUCGUGUUCUUUCUAGACCUCAGGUGGACCGUCUUCCUGUAAUCUAUCAACGCCUUGGUCUUGAGUAUGAUGAGAAGGUGCUUCCCUCAAUUGGCAAUGAGGUAUUGAAAGCUGUGGUUGCACAGUUCAAUGCUGACCAACUUCUCACUGACCGUCCCCAAGUGUCAGCAUUGGUCCGAACUGGACUGAUGCAGCGUGCAAGGGACUUUAACAUUGUGCUAGAUGAUGUGGCAAUUACACAUUUGUCAUAUGGAGCGGAAUUCUCAAGGGCAGUGGAACAGAAGCAGGUGGCACAACAGGAGGCAGAGAGGUCCAAGUACAUUGUGGCGAAAGCUGACCAAGAGAGGAGGGCUGCUAUUAUCAGGGCAGAAGGUGAAAGUGAGGCUGCGAAACUAAUUUCUGAAGCAACUGCAACUGCUGGUAUGGGGCUGAUUGAGCUAAGGAGGAUUGAGGCAUCAAGGGAAAUUGCUUCAACUCUUGCCAGGUCACCUAAUGUGGCAUACCUGCCUGGAGGACAGAACAUGCUUCUGGCUAUGAAUCCUUCUAGGCCGUGACUGACUGCUUGAAUGACGGAUCCUACGACUUGGAGUGAAGCUUGACAGAUGGUGAAUUUUGUCGAGUCAGUUGCAUUAUCGAUGGAAAGUUUCUGAUAUUUGAAACCAUCUUAUGUCUGGAAAAAAAUAUUUUGGGGACACCAUAUGUUUAGAAUUAAGAAAGUUCUUGAUGUUAAAGUUGGAGAACAUGUUGGCCUUUAGAUUGAGAUCAUAAGUAUAAUCAGUUAUUUUAGUAUUUCAAAGAUGGAAGAUGGGUUUGAUGCUAAAUAUAUGUUCAACUCUUAUUUGUUCCCAAGUACAUCCUUAAGGUGUCGCUUCAAUCUUACCUUGUUUGGUUUCACAUUGGUAAUAAAAUUCUUCAAAAAGUAAGGUUUGACA